GCAUGCUGAACCGGGAUGGAUGCGCGCCGACAGAAGCGACUUGGCCCAGCGCCAAUUGCAUCGUUCGAAAAGUCAUUUGAGGACAAUACCACGAUGGCAACAACAACAACAACAACAGCAACAGCAACAACAACAACUGCAACAACAACAACAACAACAACUGCAACACAGCAGCAACAGCGAAUUGCGAUGAUGGAACAAACGUUGCGCAAACAACAAACAACGACAACUCGCAAUCCCAAUCCCAAUACCAAUCCCAAUGCCAAUCCCAAUCCGAACGCUAGCGAAGCGUUAAGCAUAUCGGGUGCACUGGCCAGCAGCAGCUCCUCGUCCUCAUCCUCCACGUCCACCGUCUCGUCGGCCACCUGCUCCGGCAAUGCCAGCAUCGUUGCCAAGCAACGUCCACCGCCGCUCAAAACGGCAACGGCGACCGUCACCAAAACCCUGGUCAGCAGCAACGAGGGCGGACACCCGCUCUCCAUUCCAAUGGGCAGCGCUGCAGCUGGCGGUGCAGCUCCUGGUCCGGGUGCUGCGGGUGUCGCCAGCUAUCGCGGCGCCGCGACAUUGACCACGCCCUCAACGCCACGCAUCGAACUGAGCCGCGCCUCCAGUUCGUCCCACCACGAGGAGGAUAGUCGCGAGAGCAGUCCGGAGAACGUGUUCGAGCAGGAAACCAUUGGCCUCGGUUUUCGUGAGGAGGGGGCCUUGGAGUUGCGCAGCUCCACCGAGGAGCUCUUCUUUAUGGAUCCAGAGCAGAAGAAAGAGGAGCAGGAACGCCUGCAGCAGCAACAACAACAACAACAGCAACAACAACAGCAACAGCAGGCGAAGCGGACGUCGCCGCACAUCUUCAAGUUCGACGAGCACCAGAGCUAUCUGCAGCAGCAUCAGCGCAAGGACUCGGCCAGCUCGGAGGUGGCCGCCCUGCUGUGCAUCUCCGGCCGCACCAGCCGCAUCUCGAGCGUCGGCAGCCAGGGCUCGGCCGUUAGCCGCCUGUCGGCCGUCUCCUGCGUGUCGCGCUCACCGUCGCCGCAUCGCAUGCUGCUGGAGACAUCCUUUUGCGGACCAAAGCCUGUCGAGGGCACGGCUGGCGGCGGCGGCGUCGGCGGCGGCAGCAAUGCCUCGACUGCGCCCAGCUCCGCCCAGAGCCUGGCGGAGGCGACGCUCGUCGUCGAACAGCUGCUGCUGGCACGCACCAGACAUGAUCCCACCCAGGCAGUGCUGGCCGAGGGCAUACAGCUGCAGCCGGCCAGCACAGCGGCACGCCGCAACAAGCCCACCAGCCUGGCCAAUGACAGCAGGCCCAGCACAAGCUCAGCCAGGCCCGGCGUUGGCAUUAUGGGCGCCCAGCGGCGCAGCACCAAGAGUCCCGGUCAGAUGGUUGUGGGCAAGACGGCUAGCGGCACGGAAUAUAUACGCAUCAAUCUGCGUCCGGAUCACAUGUACAGCGACAAGGGCAUUGCGGCCAAUGAGCGCGUCGUCGAGGCGCCCAAUCAGCUGGCGCCCGUCUACUCGCAGUCGCAGACGAAGCCCGCCUCGCUCAGCCUGCAGGGCAGCGGGCUGGAUGAGCAUCGUCUCACGCCGACGGCCAGUCCGAAGUUAUCGCGGCAUGUUAUGCGCCUGACCAGUCGCUCGCCCUCGCCGGCGGCGGCGCCAGGCGGCGUCUCGGUCUCCCGGAAGAGUUCGUUCAGCUCGCUGUUCCGGCUCGGCAAGGACUCGCCGGACUCGCCGCGCGAGGCCAACCGUUCGCGCAGCAAGAGCAAAGAGCGACCAUCGACGGCGAUGGCACUGACCCACGCCGGAGCCGGAGCCGUAGCCGGAGCCGGUUCACAGAAUGUGACGCCCAGCAAACAGAAAUCGGUGCUGGCCAUUUUUAAGCCGGGCAAACGGGGCAGCAGCGCCGGCACGGAUGCCACCAAAAGCUCCAAGAGCUCCUCGCCCAUCGAUUGCGCUGAGCCGCCGCCACCGCCGCCGCCAGCGCCCGGCUCCGGCAACGGCAACGGCGGACGUAAUCGCACGCCGGCCGGAUCACGGCCAAACAGCCGGCUAAGGUACUAUGAUGAGCCCGUCGAGGGCUACAUACACAUACCGCUGCAUACGCCGCCCGAGGAGCGGGAGGCGCGCACUCUGCUCGCGGGCAUACAGCAGCUGGUGGCGCCAUCGCCGCCGCCCAUCGAACGGCCGCGAAUCCUUGGUGCCGCCGUCACGGCAGCCACAAUGCCGGCUCCAGCUGGUGCCGGUGCGCCCAUCACGGCCAGCCAGCUGGCCGCGGCGGCGGCUGCACUGCGUCCGGUUGGUCAGCGCACUGCGUCCGCACGGCCACGCGCCGAUCUGGAUGCAAUACAAACGCAGGAGGAAGCGGAAUCCAAAGAGACGCUGCAAUCGGUGGGCCGGAUCGCUGGGAAUGGAUUGCGCGAGAAUGGGCUGGCCGAAAUGCAGCGUCUGGCAUCGGUGGACAGCACGCAGAGCGCCGGCGAGCCGCGUCUGGUGCAGACGGUGGCCACCGUCAAUGCGCCGACGGAGGAUGCCGCCGCCAAGGAGCGGCGGCGUCUGCUGUUCGCCACACGGCUCGGCUCCGGCAGCCAGGAGCAGCUCUUUUCCACACAGUUCAGCAUCUCGAAAACGGAGAGCCAGUCCAGCCAGCUGUCCGAGCAGGUGCAGCCGCCCGAUUCCGGCUCAACGGCCUCCGACUGCACCACGGACGGACUGCAGCGCCAGGGCACCGUCAUCCGGCGCACAGAUGCCACAGCUCGGCCGACGGCGCCCUCCACCAGCUCCGAGGAGGAGGAACAGCCACCCGCUGCCAUUGUUGUCAGCGCCGCCGUCGUUGUCAUGCGCUCCAAGCACAAGUCCUGCUCCAACUCCGAGGAGGAAGCAGCUGCAACAACAACAACAACUCCGAUUGCUUCUUCUUCUUCAGCUGCCCCCCCGUCCGCCGAUGUGCGGCAUUCGCGCUACCUCGAGAGCUUCGAUGUGCGCAAAAAGUAUCACGAGAACGUGACUGACCAUGUGACUGGGAAUGUGACUGGGAAUGUGACUGGGAAUGUGACCGGAAAUGUGACGGGAACUGUGCCGCGCAAGCCCAAGCGACAGAGCGUGCCGGAAGCGAAGCUUUUUUUUUGCCGCCUGUCGAAACUGAGUAGAAUUAUACGAUUGAGCAGAUUGUGGCUAGCCAUGUCUUAUAUCCGGGUGCUGUCUAAUUCCGAGUCAACGUAUUCCAAUUUUCUAGCAAUGCCAGAGCCGGAACCGGAACCGGAACCGGAACUGAAGACGGAGCUGAAGACGGAGCUGAAGACGGAGCUGGAGAUACAGUCGGAGCCGCAGGAGCUGUACGAGCUGGAGGAUCUGUCGCCACCGCCGCCCGGCGAACGCUCGGAGCGACAGUCGACGGACGAGCACGAGCACGAGCCGAUCGAGUCGUCGGAGAGCGAACGCGACUCGGACAUGGCGGGCAGCUCGUCAAUGGCGACGGCGGUGCCGAUGGGCGCAGAUGGCAAGCGUCAUCAUUUUCCGCGCAACGUGUGCAUGAUCGAGGAGCACGAGAGCACCGGCCUCGUCUCGAACGAGUCCUUCGACGAUGAGCUGCCAUAUGUGCCGACCACGCUGCCGGAGGAGCGGGCCCAGGGCGUGCCGCUAAUCCCGAUGAAGGAGCGCGCCAAUAUGGAGCUGAGGACAUGUCCCGUCGAUCGGCCGCGCUCGACAACGCCGCUGAAUCCCUCCCAUUUGGAGGAGUACUGUACGGGCAUUAUGACGCCGCAGGAGUCGCCGCACGCUAACCACGAACUGGAUGCGGGCUAUGCCGGGCCCGUUCGUGGCGAGAAGCUGCGCAUUAGCCUGCCGCGCAAGGAUGCGGCCAUCAAGGAUAAGGCGCAGAGCACAAAGUCGCCGCGCCGCAUCUCCAAUGCCAGCGGCAAGUCCUGGUUCGAGUUCGCCGAGGAGGGUCUGCGCGCCAACCACAAUCUCGAGCGCAAGGAUUCCAACAAACAGCUCCUGCCGGCCACACCAACUGGCCAAAGUCAGGGCCAAAGUCAGGGCCAAAGUCAGGGCCAGGGGCAAGCGCCGAGCAUGCCCGCCAGCCUGGAGGAGCCGAAGCCGAAGGCAUCGACACAGCGCAAGCUGUCCGGCCACUGGAUUGACUUUGAGAACAUACCCGAGAAACGUAAGCCGGCCAAGCGGAUCACCACGCUGCCAAAGGAGACAAUAACAACGACCACAACGGCGGCCAUAACGAGUGCAUCGUCGGCCUCCGGCUGUGCCACGGCACAUCGCAGCUCCUUCGGCCAUCCGCAUGCCCAUCAUGGCCACAGCCACAGCCACAGCCACAGCCAUCAUCAUCAGCAGCAGCAGCAGCAGCAGCCGCGCCAGGAUGCGGCCUCUGGGGACAAGCUGCACUACAACUACGUCAAGCCGGAGGACUGCCAGUGCGAGUGCCACGAGGCAGAGCGUGGCGAAUCCUCUGCAGCCACAGCCACAACCACAACCAACACAGCUGACCAGGACAAGGAUGUCAGCACUGAGACGGGCACGGGCACGGGCACGGGCACGGGUAGCGAUUCGCUGGCUUCCGUUGAGCUGGUGCAGCAGGGCGAGGAUAUGUUGCCGCUGCUCGAGCCCGAAGCGUCUGCGGAGACCAGAGUCGACACAAAUGAGCCGCUGCCACCGCCAGCCCGUCACGGCAACAAGAGCACAGGUCAAAGGAUGGAGGAGUUUCCACGUCGCGACGCUGCAACCAGCUCCAGAAAUCGCAAGUUUCCCGAUAGAAAGGUAGCGAAAAAAUGCACUCAAUAAGCUAAAGGCCAACAAAAACAAAAACAAAAAACAAAGAAAAAGAUAAAGAUAAAGUCCUUGGCUCGGAUAUCCUUAAUGUAUGUACCUCAAGCAGUGCGGUUGUUACAAGCAAAACAAAAUGAAACCCAAAAACAAAAACGAACAAAAAGUCGAGAAAGUAAAAUGAGAAGAAAACCCAAAAAUUUAAAGGGGCAUCACAUCGAGUAUUUCCCUUCGAUUCUAUUCGCUAAAUAUAUAUACAUAUAUACACUUACCUACGAUUACUUGAAAGUGCGAAAAACAACAA